CGGGACUUGAAAGUCGACUGGCCAGUGAUUAAAGUUUUGGAGCCGCGGAAAAGUCUAGAACCUGAGAGAGAGAGAGACUCUGCUCCUAUGAAUCUCACUGCUCAUUGGACAGUUCCAGCUGGGUAAACCUAGAUAUUCUAAGAUUUCCCUCGAGACUGAACUCCCUCAAUCCGGAAUGGUUAACCUCACGGAUGUCACUACCCCAAUUUACUCAUCUUGGGUUUACUUGUGCAAAGAUGACUCCUAGGUGGGACGGCCAGUAGAACACUUCCCAGUACGGUCAGCAGCCAGAAACUACAACUCCCAGGGUUCUGCGCGCCCGCAGGGGCGGGGCUUUCUGGAGGCUACUCCCAAGGAGGGGAGAUGGCCGAGCAGUCUGGGUCUCCGCACCGCUCCAUGUACAAAUUGGUGGGCUCGCCUCCUUGGAAAGAGACGUUCAGGCAGGGAUGCCUGGAGAGAAUGAGAAACAGCCGGGACAGGCUCCUGAACAAAUACCGACAGGCUAGAGGCAAACCGCCAGGGAGAGCUCGGAGCACCCUUCUGGCACAAGAGCUGAUGGAAGAAGAAUGGAAUGCUUGGCACUCAGUGGAAAGCGGCCCAGCGGCCGUGGCUCAGUUGGAGGAGCCGAUGGACUUGGCUGAGCUGGAGGAAAUCCAACAGGAGCUGGUUGACCAAGUCAAGCAUCCAGCAGUCUCUGCUUUUACUCUGAAGUCUUGACUGGCUGUCUUCCUAGUAAUAAGAGUCUUAAGUAUGCUAGGUCUUGUGCUCAGACUUCUCAUUCCAUAAGAAGUCUUUAUAGCUUACAACUAUCCUACAAGGUAAUAGGAGACAGAAGAGAGAGUGCCAUCUCACACAGGUUGAACAGCUAGUGGUGGAGUUGGGAAGCAAUAUAAAUUUUGUGAGUCCAGUUUCCAUGCUUAUUCUACUAUCCUACAGUACCUCUCUCUUACUACAAUAGAUGAAUAGUAAUCCUAUACCCUGUAGGAUACAGUGCAGCGUCAUCUCUCUUGCACAAAUUAAGUGCCUUCUCUCUGAUCCACUCUUUACUGACUACCCAGAGUCUUGUGAGCAUCUUCUCCCUGAGGCACUCAUAGCACCGUACAGUGCACCAUUUAGCACCUUACAUCAUUCAUUCAUUCAUCCCUUUCUUGAGUAGGCUCAGUGUUUAUCAUCUGUAAAAUAGGCCUGCCCUAUAAGUUUGCGUGUGUGGAAACUUAUGUUUAAUAAUACAUGUAGAAGAUAUAGAGAAGUGUAUGGCAUGUUGAAAGCUCUCAACAAAUGAGGAUGUAAGACCAUGGACUCUUGAGCUUGGCUGCUGAGGUUCAUUUCUGAGCUUUACCACUUUCACUGGUACAGCACUGGGCAAAGCACUUAAUCGCCCCAUGCCUCAGUUUCCUCAUCUUUAAAGUAAAGAUAAAAACAGUAAACAAGUUAAUGAAAAGUUCUUACAUUAGCAUUUGACAAAUUGUAAGUGCUGUGCAAGUGUUAGUUGUUAUGAUUAGUAUUGAUUCCAGUUAGACUGUGGACUUUUUAAUUUUUUUAUUGAUUCACCCUCACCUUCACCUGCAAAACAUAUCUUAGUGUGAAACCUAAGAUUCACUAAAUAUUUUUUGGGGAGUAUGUUUAACUAAAUAAUCUGAAGUGAUUAGGAUUCACUGUGUUCUGCCCAUACUCAGUCAGAUGGAACACGCUAGAACAGAGAUUGACAAACUUCCUGUGGAGGUCCAGAGAGUAAAUAUUUUACGCUUUGUGGUCCAUGCUUUCUCUGUUGCAACUCCUCAGUUCUGCUGUUGUAGUGUGGAAAUAGUCAGACAAUACAUAAACACAUGAGCCUGGCUAUAUUCCAGUUAACUUUAACUGGAAGUUGGGCUGGAUAUGGCCCAUGGCUGUGGUUUACUGACCCCUGAGCUAAAGUCUAGACUGUGAGCUCAUCAAGAGCAGGACCAGUCUUUUUCACCUUUGCAUCCCAUGCCGGCCACAUCCCAGGUAUUGGUGCAUAUUUGCUGAACGAAUGAACACAAAAGAUUCUGAACACAGACUCUGAGCACAGGGACAUUGGGGGACAGAUCACUUUAGACUCAUCCAGGGGAUGGGGGGGGGGGGGGCGCAGCAUCAGAAAGAAGUGCCCUGUACGUGUCAGGUUUCUCCAGCUGCCCCUGGGACCCCAACUGACAGCGUACAUCCAUCUACUCUCUGGCCUCCGGUGAUGUGUGUGAAAGUCCUCUCCUUGUCUCUUAGCCUCUCCACUUCACCUCUUUUGCUCACAAAGUGAGGUCAGACAGGAGGGGAGAAAUCCAACAAGAGGAAGCCUGGCGGGAGAGUGAUAUCUAAUGGUUGGUAGCAUGAUUUUACCUGAAUUUC